ACUUUUGAAGUCUUACAAGUCCCCACCCCAACCAAUGGCUGUUUAUACGAACUCUGAAACCUCAAAACAGCUGUAAUAAUCAAACAAAUUGUGUCAGCGUAGCAAUAAAAACAACAAAUACAAAACUGCAAAGUCAAUAAGGGCAAGCUCUGCCUUUUGGCAGCCAUUGCAAACAAGACUUCUCAACAAGAACAAGACGGUUACACCUUCAUCUUCUAUUCUAUUGUAUUCUUUCUUGUUCAUAAUCUCUUUCUAUAAGACGGGGUAUUUAAGCUUUCCCUUCGGUGUUCUAUGUGAUUGGUGUGUCUCUUUCUCCUCAUUUCCUACGUAGGACCGCAGAAUCGGUAACCACCCACUUCCAAUAAAGAUCUCUCCUCUCGUUUUCUGUGGAAAAGUUGAAAUUUUUGGAUUGGUUGUGCCUUUGAACCAGUUGAUCAUCUGGGUGUUGAAAAUUUUCCUUUUUUCUCUUCCUCUUUGGGGAGGGUUGUUCUGCUUGUUAGAAUUGCUUGCUUGAGUGAUGGGAAUAUUUUGCUGAUAAUUCAUAGUUCUUGGAAAGUUGUGGAGUUUCUGACGUCAAGUUUUUGUGGAAUUUUCGGUUCUGAAGAUUAGCAGAGGAGUUAGAUGUUGAGUGAUAGACAAAAAAGGUGAGGCGGGGCUGAAUUAUAAUAUGGAUAGUCUCUGUUGCUUCAGCUCUGUCAAUCAGGUGGUUGGAGGAGGACGUUCAUCUUACUCUGGCAAGGGCAAGAGCAAUCAAAGCUCAGUUAAGUAUGGCUUUAGCCUGGUUAAAGGGAAAGCAGACCACCCAAUGGAGGACUAUCACGUAGCAAAAAUUGUCCAGUUUAGAGACCAUGAGUUAGGACUUUUUGCUAUAUAUGAUGGACACUUGGGAGACAGUGUGCCGGCCUAUCUUCAAAAGCAUCUCUUUUCUAAUAUCUUGAAGGAAGAGGACUUCUGGACUGAUCCAAAUAGUUCCAUCAUUAGAGCUUAUGAGACAACAGAUCAGGCUAUCCUUUCUCACAGUUCUGAUUUGGGGCGAGGAGGGUCCACUGCAGUGACUGCAAUUCUUAUUAACAAUCGGAAGUUAUGGGUAGCAAAUGUUGGAGAUUCACGAGCAGUUCUGUCAAGGAGAGGGGUGGCCAUACAGAUGACUACUGAUCAUGAGCCCAAUACCGAAAGGGGCAUCAUCGAGAACAAAGGCGGCUUUGUCUCAAACAUGCCAGGAGAUGUUGCAAGAGUGAAUGGGCAGCUUGCAGUUUCUCGAGCAUUCGGAGACAAAAACCUUAAAUCACACUUACGAUCGGAUCCCGACGUACAACAUAAUGACAUUCAACAAGAUACUGAGCUUCUGAUACUUGCCAGUGAUGGUCUAUGGAAGGUAAUGGCAAACCAAGAGGCAGUUGAUAUUGCAAGAAGGAUAAAAGAUCCACAAAAGGCAGCAAAAGAACUAGCUGCGGAGGCAUUGAAGAGAGAGAGUAAAGAUGAUAUUUCAUGCAUUGUAGUUCGUUUCUAGUGAUGAAAAAGGGAAUAGUAGCACUCCUAUCAAUUUUCAGGUUUGGGAUUUUCUACAGCAUAGGUUUUGCCCCUUCCUCUGUAAAAUUGAAGUUCUUCAAAUUAGGUGGUGCCAUUUAGUAUCUCAUGAUUUCUUUUGUGUAGAUUAAUACCAUCAUUUUUCUUGGUAAUUUGCAUUAUGAUAUGGAGCGAUGUGAAGAUGGACAGAGAUUUUACAUUUGAACGAGGGAACCAUGUGUUUGUAGUAACACAAAUUUAUUAUAUACUUGAAAAUGUGCUCCUAGCUUGAAUGCCCUAUUUU